AUACUCCCAGGCUCAUAUGGGAAGACUGUCGUUUCCAGCUGUGUGUGCUCAAGUUGUUUCCAAUUAUGGCAACCCUAUCCCAGGUUUUCGGAAGUGAAGAGUGUGUGGCUCACCCAGUGUUCAUGGCAGACCUGUGCCACAUUGACGCCUAUAUGGAAAUAUACAGUUCUUGAGAGACUUGUCUUUCUGAGCCCCAUUUUCUUAUCCCAUUCUCCCGAUUAGCCCUUUUGGACAUGGCAGUCAAGCAGGAAGAAGAAGAAAAGCCAUGCGGUCUACAUCAGGAAGAAUCUCAUAUCAUACCAGGAGCCAGCUCAGGGUUCCUGAAUAUUGUUAUCAAGCUGGAAGAAGAAGAAGAAGAAGAAGAAGAAGAUAUAAAAUCAUGUGUCCUCCAUCAACAAGAGACUUUCCCAAGGACUAACUCAGAGAUUGUAGUAAAGGAGGAGGAGGAGGAGGAGGAAGGGGAGCCAUGCAGCCAGGGAUCUGAAGACAGUGGAAGCAUUGCUAGCAGCCAGCCAGCAGAUACGUGGACCAAAACAAAGAUAAGUGUGAUACCAGAUCUUCUCAGACAAGAGCAAAGCCAUUCAAGAGAGGAAAGUUCUGCCAGAGACAAACUCUACACAUGUGCCAUUUGUGGGAAACAAUUUGCUCAAAAGAUGAUGCUUACGUACCACCAGCAGGUCCACAUAGGAGAGAAACCAUACAAAUGCCAAGAAUGUGGAAAAUGCUUUUCUCACAACUCACACCUUGGGAGCCACCAGAAAGUCCACAUAGGACAAAAACCCCACAAGUGCCAGGAGUGUGGGAAAUGUUUUACCCGCAAUUCACAACUUGUGAUGCAUCAGACCAUCCACACAGGAGAGAAGCCACAUAAGUGCCAAGAGUGUGGGAAACGUUUUGCUCGGAUCUCAAGCCUCGUGAUCCACAGAAGAGUUCACACAGGAGAGAAACCCUACAGAUGUCAGGAGUGUGGGAAAUGCUUUGCGCAUGGCUCGCACCUUGUGAUGCAUCAGACGGUCCAUACAGGGGAGAAACCCCACAAAUGCCAAGAGUGUGGAAAGUGUUUUGCUCGUAUUUCAAACCUUGCGAUUCACCAGAGAGUUCACACAGGAGAGAAACCAUAUACCUGCCAGGAGUGUGAGAAAUGCUUUGCUUACAAGUCGGAUCUUGUGAAACACCAGAGAGUCCACACAGGAGAGAAACCCUAUAAAUGCCAGAAAUGUGGGAAGUGUGUUGCUUUUAUUUCAGCCCUUAUGAGCCACGAGAGAGUCCACACAGGAGAGAAACCUUACAAAUGCCAAGAGUGUGGGAAAUGUUUUGGUCAGAAUUCACACCUUGUGAAGCACCAGCGGAUCCACACGGGAGAGAAACCCUACAAAUGCCAGGAGUGUGGGAAGAGCUUUCCUGGCAGUUCCCAACUUGUCACCCACCAGAGAGUCCACACAGGAGAAAAACCAUACAAAUGCCAAGACUGUGGAAGGUGUUUUGCUCAAAAUUCAAUACUUGCCAGACACCAGAAAGUCCACACAGGAGAGAAACCCUACAAAUGCCAGCAAUGUGAGAAAUGCUUUCCCUGCAAUUCAGAGCUGGUCACCCACCAGAGAGUCCACACAGGGGAGAAGCUAUACAAGUGCCAGGAGUGUGUGAAAUGUUUUGCUUAUAGGUCUGACCUUGUGAAGCACCAGAGGGUCCAUACAGGAGAAAAACCUUUCAAAUGCCCCAAGUGUGAAAAAUGCUUUUACUUCAGUUCAGCCCUUUUGAGCCAUGAGAGAAUUCAUACAGGAGAGAGACCAUACAAAUGCCAAGAGUGUGGAAAGAAUUUUGCUUAUAACUCACAGCUUUCCAGGCAUCAGGAAACUCACAUAGGAGAUAAAUCAUCCAAAUGCCAGUAGUAUAAGAAAUGCUUUGCCUGGCAACCCACCAGUAUGUUUACACAAACUACUCCUUUGGAGGCUUUUAUACAGAGGCUGAAUGUGUUGGAGGUGCUUUGUGUUUUCUUGCAUGGCAGGCGAUUGGACUGGAUGGCCCAUGUAAUGUCUUCUAACUCUAUGAUUCUGUGAGAGAAGCAAUGCUUGGAUUGAGAAGCCCUAUAAAUAGAAAACCACAGGAAAAAAAUUGAAACCUCAAAUGUAUCUGCAUAAUGAAUCCGUAACAUGUGAAAUAGCAAAAAUGUACUGUGUACGUAGCAGUAUGUUGUUGUGUUUAACUGCCAAUCAUGUCAACUUCAAUUUAUGGAGAUCCCAUGAAUGAAAGACCUUCAAGUCACCCAUCAUCGACAGUCCUGCUUUGAUCUUGCAAACUCAAGGCUGUUGCUUCUCAGAUUGGGUCUCUUUAU